AUGAAUCUAUCCCGUAACGUUAAAGAUUUGGUUGAGAAAUUAGAGGCUGCUUCACAAUUGCCUGGGAGAGGAAAAGCCAUCAAACGAAUCUGUAAACUGUCAAACUCUGAUGGUCAAGUGGUUAGUUGGAAGUUCAAUGAGUGGGACUACGGUAAAAAUAACAUCAAACUACCAUGCUGCGCUCGUGGGCUGUUUAUAACUGACGAUAGCAAGAAUCCUCAAAUAGUUGCUCGAGGUUAUGACAAAUUCUUUAAUAUUGAUGAAACUCCAUUUACUCGAUGGGACACUUUAGAAAGCGAUACCAAAGGGACAUACAAUGUUACGUUAAAGGCUAAUGGGUGUAUUAUCUUUGUAUCUGGUAUGGCUGAUGGGACAUUAGUAGUUUGUUCAAAACACUCUACUGGGCCAAGAGAUGACGUUGACAGAAAUCAUGCCGAUGCUGGUGAGCAAUUCCUUCUAUCACAGUUGAAAUCCAUUGGUAUCGAGCCUCAACAAUUAGCAUUGGAACUCUAUCAAAAUAAUGUAACUGCAGUGGCUGAAUAUUGUGAUGACACAUUUGAAGAGCACAUAUUGGAGUAUACAAAUGACGAUGUUGGUUUAUAUUUACAUGGUAUAAACUAUAAUGAAACCACAUUUAGGACAUGGGAUAUGGAUAGUGUUAGUGAAUUUGCCAGAAAAUACAACUUUAAGCAAAUUAAAUAUGAAAAUUUUAAUGAUUUCACCUUAUUAAAGAAAUUCUUGGAAGAAUGCUCCAAUAGUGGAACGUAUCAUGGCCAGGAGGUAGAAGGUUUUGUAAUAAGAUGUAAAACCAGAGAAAAUGGGAAUGAUUUCUUCUUUAAGUAUAAAUUUGAAGAACCCUAUCUAAUGUACAGGCAGUGGAGAGAAGUUACUAAGGAUUAUAUUUCAACUAAAUCCAGAGUUUUCAAAUUCAAAAAACAUAAAUUUAUUACCAAUAAGUAUUUAGAUUUUGUGAUUCCAAUCUUAGAUUCGAGCCCGGCCUUAUGUGAAGAGUAUAUGAAGGGAUUUGGUAUUAUUAAACUAAGGAAUGAGUUUUUGAAAGAUUUUGGUAUGUCGGGCUUAGAAAUAUUGAACCAUGAAAAAGUAUUGGAGUUGGAAAAUGCUAAUAAAAUUGAUUAUGAUACUGUAGAUGAACAUACAAAAUUUUUGAUUAUUCCUGUGGCUGUAAUUGGUUGUGGUAAAACCACGACAGCUAUGACAAUCAAUAAUAUCUACCCUGAAAGUUGGGGACAUGUUCAAAAUGAUAAUAUUACUGGCAAAGACAACUCAUUACUAAUGAAGCGGUCUCUAGAGUUAUUAGCCAAGCCAGGAAUUAAAUGUGUGGUUGUUGACAGAAAUAAUCACCAAGCUAGAGAAAGGAAAGAGUUGUUUGACUGGAUAGACGAGUAUAAGGAAGACUACUUGCCCUACGAUACAAAUAUUAAAGUAAUUUGUCUCUCGUUUACCAAAAGAGAUGACCUGGAAAAUGUCAGGGAGAUCACAACUAAUAGAGUUUUUGCAAGAGGUGAUGAUCAUCAAAGUAUCAAAUUGUCUAAAUAUGGUGAAAAAAAAGUUAUGGGAAUUAUGAGCGGUUUCAUUAAAAGAUUUCAGCCAGUUAAUGAAGAUCGUAUGCCAGAUAUUAUGUUUGAUCAUGUCAUUGAUUUGACUGUUACAGAAAAGGAUUCUUCCUUGAUCAAUGCUAAGAGAAUCCUAAAUAACUUGCAUGAUAAGUACCCUGUUUUGGUACCAACUGUCCCGACUGAUGAAGAAAUCAGAGCAGCAUUUGAGAAGAGUUUAGAAUAUAAGCCGACCACUGUGAAAAUUAUCAAUGAGAAGGGCAGUAGAAGAAAUAAAAAUAAAGACAAAAAACAUACAUCAGCCCCAACUAUGAAAAAACUGAAACCUGUCUACUUCUUUGCUGAAUUAAGAGAUCCGACGAAGUUAUUACGGUGUAUUAAAGCUUUUAUAGAAGAGAAUCGGUCCUCAAUUGAUAAUGAUAGUUAUAUACAUAUUGACAGAUUGUUUCAAGAUAAGAAAUACCAGGAAAAACUACAUGUGACAUUGAUUCACUUGAUGCAAGGCAAAAAAGGGACUGAGACUCAACAACAGCUGUGGGAUGAUUAUUUACGCAGUUUUGAUGAGUAUCUCACUGUCAAUCCUGAAACCUUUGAUAAGAAUUGUGAUAGAAUCAAAACUAAAUAUUCCAUCAAAGUAACAGUCCAAAGUUUAUAUUGGGAUUCAAAAAUUGCCACAUUAACUGUUAAACCUGAAUUAGUGGAAGUUGAACGUGAUGGUAGCUUAAACACAUUGGCUUGUUGUAAUGACAUCCCUCAUAUAACUUUAGGUAUCCUAGAAGAAGGAAUUAAGCCAGUAUAUUCAAAUGAACUUCUCAAAAUGAUGAACCAAAAUGACAAAGAAUCAAGACCAGCUAACAGUUUCUGUUUGGAAUUGGCAGGGCUUGAGGUACAAAUUGCUGAUGUUUAUAUACAUUUAUAG